AUGGUUCGUCUGAUCAAUCCAAGUCAGGUUCAUCUCAACUGGAUCGAGCGCUGGCAUUUGGAUUACUUCCAGAAGAGUGUGGUAUUCCAAGCCAUGGAUUACUUUGAAGAUCCAUUUUGGGGUCAGUUGGUGCAUCAGAUGUGCGAAGAACAUCCUGCAGUUCUUCAUGCGGCAAUAGCAAUGGGUGCACGGCAUCAUCAAUUUGAAGCGGUUCACACGAGACAAUUUGAGGAUCGAGAAAGUCCGUUGACUCUUAGCCAUUCUUCCAAGGCGAUAGCCUGUCUUCGGGAUAGUCUUGUCCGGGAGAAGUCGAGUCGCAUUCACAAGGAAACAGUGCUCGUGACUUGCGUUAUUCUGACGAUGUUAGCUCUCUUCCAAGAAGAUGUCUUUGCCGCCCGCUGCCAUUUUCUAUCUGGGUAUAGGCUGUUCCAGGAAUGGAUGGCUGUGGAUUAUGAAAAGAGCCCUAACGGCGAAAGUUUGAAACAGGCUUUUGCCCAGGUUCACAUACAUUUUUCGACAUGCGAGGACCCAAGGAAAUUCCUGGAGAACCAGCGUUUGAUUUCCCCAGAUAUUGCUAAAAUCUGCCAAAAUAUGAACUCGCCGGGAAUUGAUGAGUCUAAAAGAGAUAGCCAUUUCAUGAUGGUCGUUGGGUGGCAGCUAGUGAAGAGUCACCCAGGGGGAGGGUUCAGUAUAGGACCUGCGUGUUCACCUAUCGGUCGUGGCGAAGUUGCAGUCUUGAGCAAACUUCGGCUUUGGCGAAGUCAACUCAAGUGGGCUCUGGAAAAUGGAGAUAUACUACAACGACACCGCGAUAUGCUGAGCUUGCUCGAGUUAUGGAGUUUGAUUAUCAACAUAAAGCUGGCUGUCGCCAGUAGUCACGAGCCCCUCGAAGUGUUAUUUGAUGAUUACACGACACAUUUCCAGCGUGCCAUUGGAUUAGCAAAAAUCCUCCUUCGGGUCAGUUCCGAAAAGGUACCAUUGCCGGAGCUUUAUGCAAGGAUAUCUGCGACGAAUGCCCUUCUAUGGUGUGGAGUAAAAUCUCGCGAUUGGCUGGUGAGAAAUGACAUCGUGUCUUUGUUGAAUGCGUGCAAAUACCAGGGUUCUUGGAUUUCUGCAACGACCGCAGCCGUUCAGAGAGUUAUCGAAAUCGAGUCAAACGGGGUUAAGCAAGGGGAUAGUAUUCCUCAGGAUGCUCGUAUCAAUUCUAUGAACGUCAAAAUCGUAUCUGAUGAUGCCAUUGUCCAACUUUGGUAUUGCAAAUCUCGAUAUAGACUAGACCGGAAAAAUGGGCAUGAUAUAUGGGAAAGUGAUACUGUAUAUCUCUAG